AGAGGAGGAGGUGACAAGGGGGUAGAGCUGAGCCUAUACUUGGAAGAGGGUGCUGAAAGCAGCUGAGGUUAUUUGGAAACCAGCAGCUGCAUCUCUCAGGAUGGGUGCUGGGUCUGGGGUGAUCCUCAGUCCCACAGAGCUCAGUGCUGCUGAGCUGUCACUGGGCACUGGCAGCUCCCAUGUCACUGGAGAGAUGGGACGUGCCAUGGGCCAGUGCGUGGCCCUGAGCCCACAGCAGCCCUUUGAACAUGAAAACAGAUGCCACAUGUUUGGGAGGGUCUGGUGCUGUCAGAGGGGCCAGGGGUGAGAGGAGGAGCAGAGAUGAGAGAGGGUGCAGUGAGGAGCAAGUGGUCGAGGAAUUGGGGGUGCUGCCAGGGCUUCUUCGUGCAGGGCAGGGCAGCAGAGGAGCCCAUGGAGCUCUUAGCCUGCCACCUCAGCUUCCACAGCUCUAUGCAGGGCAAGGCAUCACCGGUACAGCGGAGCCAGAAUCGCUCUGGAUCGGCGUCAGGGAUGCAGGUCCCUGCCAGCGGUGGAGCUCUCCCCCUGCGCCACGAACCCCGCCCCGAGCGGGGCCCUGAGCUGCCGGGCCAGCGCGGGGGAGACCUCGGCAUCCCAGCAAUGCGCUGCGCCCGGCAGCGGGCAGGCACGGGGGCUGCUCCUGGCACGGCCGGGCAGCGCUACCCCCCAUCCCCGCUGCCCGCACCUGUGCCCUCGGGGACCGGGCAAUCAGUCCCGGUCUUUCCCGGCGGCUCUCCCGAUCCCGGGAGGGCGGCACUAGGAUCUAGUGGCUCUCCCCAUCCCCGGAGGGCGGCACUAGGACCCGGCGGUGCUCCCCCAUCCCCGGAGGGCGGCACUAGGACCCGGCCUGGGCGGCGGCAGCGGCGCGGUCGGUAUCGGCAGCGAUAUCAGCAACGGCAGCGAUAUCAGUAACGGCAGCGAUAUCAGUAAAGGCCGCGGUAACGGUACCGGCAUCGGCAGCGGUAUCAAUAUCGGCAGCGGUAUCGCUAUCAGCACCGCUAUCGGGGCGCACUGCGGGCCGGAGCGGCCGGUGGAGCUCGCGCGUCCCCGCCGGGCCCGUUCAGCCGGUGCAGGGGCGGAACGCGCCGUGGCCGGGCGGGGGAGCGGCCCCUGCCCCCGUGGCCGGUGCAAAGGGGAUGGAGGGGUAGGAAGGGUCCGGCUCUCUCCCGUGUCGCCGCGGCCGGGGGUGGGGGGAUGCUCCCCGGGGCGGGAGAGGAUUCGCAAGUAGGAGUGGAGGGAUGUUCGCACCCCGGGCCGGGCGGGUUUUCCCUUCCCGGAGGGCGGGAGGGUUCGCGUCCGGGGCUGGGGGACCCCCGGUGGAGGAGAGGGCCAGGUCUGAAGCAGCCUUCUCCCGCAGAGCGACAAUGUGAGCCCCGGUCCCGGCCAUGGCCGAGCCCGCCGGAGGGGCUGGGCAGCGCCCGCCGCCCGCGGGGCGCAGGAGGUGACGGACUCCUCAUGAGAGCCCCCAGCAGGUAAGGUGCUCGCGGGUCGCUGGCGAUCACUGUGUGCUGAGGCUGGCACAGAGACAUGAGUGGCAGCACGAGCCAGCGUGCCGCCGCCCUGGGGGUCCUCUUUGCCCUGAUCAUGUUGCUGAUCAUCUACAGCUCCGGCAACGGGAGCGAGGUCUUCCCCUACAGCCGCCUGCGGGGCAGAGCCCGCCGGCCCCCCGACCUCAAGAAGUGGGGGGUGAAAAGCGGGUACCUGCCUGUCUGCGGGAACAAGACCCUGUCUGCCCGCUGCCACCAAUGCGUCAUUGUCACCAGCUCCAGCCACCUCCUGGGCACCCACCUGGGCACAGUCAUCGACGGGGCUGAGUGCACCAUCCGCAUGAAUGAUGCUCCCACCACGGGCUACAGUGCUGAUGUGGGCAACAAGACCAGCUUCCGUGUGGUGGCCCACUCCAGCCUCUACCGUGUCCUCAAGCGGCCCCAGGAGUUCGUCAACAAGACUCCAGAGACCAUCUUCAUCUUCUGGGGGCCUCCCACCAAGAUGCAGAAGAGCCUCCUGAAGAUCAUCCAGCGCGUCUGCGCCUCGUUCCCCAACAUGACAGCCUACGUUGUCUCCCCCAGCCGCAUGAAGCAGUUUGAUGAUCUGUUUCGGGGAGAGACAGGGAAGGACAGAGAGAAGUCUCGCUCGUGGCUCAGCACUGGCUGGUUCACCAUGGUGAUCGCGGUGGAGCUGUGCGACGCCAUCCACGUCUAUGGCAUGGUGCCACCCAGCUACUGCGGCCGCCACCCCCCACCCCGCCGCCUGCCCUACCACUACUACGAGCCCAAGGGCCCCGACGAGUGCACAACCUACAUCCACAACGAGCGGAGCCGCCGAGGCAACCACCACCGCUUCAUCACCGAGAAGAGGGUCUUUGCCAGCUGGGCCGGCCUCUACAACAUCACCUUCUCCCACCCCACCUGGACCUAGGGGCUGCCCCACGCCUGCUGGGCAGCUGGGAUGGAAGGGGGCUCCCCUGCAUCCCCCUAGGAGUGGUGGGAUCAGGUGCCACCAGCUGCCUCCCACAGGACCACUGCUGUUGUGCAUGGUGGCUCCUUGCCCCUGGGAUGUGUUGGGUUUUGAGGGGACCAGGUGGUGAAUGUAAGAUUUGGGGUGUCCCCCCUCCAUGUGCAGGAUACUUAGGUGUGAUAUCCUGCCCCAUCCUGGUCCAUGCACAUUGCAGCCCCUGUGAGGCUGUAAGGGGUUCCAGGUCCCCUCAGCUCAGUUUUGGUUUGCACCACUUCUGGGGUCACCACAGAGACUCUUUCCCCAACUGUCUGGGUGAGGAGACCCCUCUUGGAGCUCAGCCCCCCCCCCUGCCAUCCCCAGCCCCUCAUCCCAGUCCUCAGUCAUCCUUCCCACAGCAGAGCCCCACGGUUUUUGGUGGGACCCCAAGGGGGUGACAUUACAACCCUCCCUGUCCCAGCACCCCAAAAACACCAGCCCUUCCAAGCACCGCUGUGCCCCACACUUCCAAAACCUUUUCUAACUGAAAGAUGGGGGUUUUGGGAUCUUUUAGGGGCUUUUGGCUUUUUUCUCCUGCUUCUAAUCCUGGGGUUUCUACUUGGGUUUCCUGGAUGAAGGAGUGAGCAGGGGCUGCUCAUUAGUGGAAACAAAGGACCAACAGCUGCUUAUAAGCAAUUUAGAAGUGGGGGGCAGUGGUGCCUCUUGGCACCCUGUGGCUGGGACACGACUUUGUUACUAAUUUCUCAGCAGCAGAGAAAUUGGGGGAAGCACCUAAAUACGGUGUGUUUGGGUGCUGAGCCUUGGCAGGAAUCCAUUCCUCAGAUUCCCUCUGGCUGUGGCUGGCGUUUUGGGGGGCUGGGUGCUGGGGGAAGCAGUGGGGCACCCAUAUUUUGUAAUUGUACAGGAAUAAAUAUUGCUGCAGUCUGUUACCUUGA